AUGUUAUCCAGAGGUGUUAGUAGAAUAGCUUUCAAAAGAUUGCAACAUACUGCAGCAGAAACCACUGCUCCUAAAGCUUUCAAUAACAAAUAUAACUUCAAUAUAAAUCCUCCACCAGUUCAUGAAUAUUGGAAUUAUCGUAAUGCCAGUGUAUUGAUUGCAUUUGUGCCUAUAUAUUUUGGAGUUGGAUAUGUUACUAGAUACUUGAGUGAUAAUACUGAAGCCUUUGGUGGUUUAGUAGAGUUUGCUGAUAGUGAAAAAUCACCAUUAAAGGAUUUGAAAUUCGGUGAACCCCAAACCAAAUCAAAAUAA